CUGCGGUUGAAUUGAGACUUGGAGGAAUUGAACAUUGUAAAAUUGAUAACUUGAUAGGCUACAUGUUUUCUGAUGCUACCUGAUUUUAUAGGAUUACGUAUUCGAGUCAUCGAGUCGAGUGUUUCAUUUUAUUCGUGAUUGAUCAAUAAUUUUUUAAUUAUUCGACGAUUGUGUAUCACUUUUUUUAUUCAUUUUUUUUGCAGACAGAAAAGAGAUCGAUGUCUCCUGCUGGAGCGCGCUGGGUGCUUUGCAAAUGAUCGUAAAUCGUGAUCCAUAAUUCUACGAAGAAAGCUCUAAGGCUCAGCACCGAACCGGUUCAUUUCAAGUUCAACGAAGUCAUUUUCUCUCAAAAUCAAAUUAAAUUUUCGUUGAAAUUUGAAGAAUCAAACUUGAUGUUCUAAAAACGAACGACGUUUCGCGUAGUAUUUGAACAGAUUCAACAGCUGCGCGGUUCUCCCUCUCUUCGAAUUUCAGUCAUACGAUGCGUUGUUGGUGUGUUUGUGUUUGUAUAUUCAUCAACGGUUGUUACGCAAACUUAGCUCCGUGAUAACGUCGUACAAAUCCUCAUUAGAAGAACGUUUUUUCAACUUUAUCAUGUGCCUGUGUCUGUGGUUGUUAUAACGUAUGUAUUGAAAAGAUUAAGGCGUGUUUGGUUUGCUUCCCGGUAAAUGCAUGUUAUGUAAUAUCCUGAUUAAUGAAUUUUUGAAAUUUUGCUAAUAAGUGUUAAUUUUCUAAUCGGAGUGUCGCGUUGACAUGGGAAUUUAUAGUACGUUAUGUGUAUUCUCCGAAGAAAUUUACAGUGCGUAUCGUGUGGUCUCCGAAUAUUUUUGGAGCAAAGAGAUUUGGCUGCCGCCGAAUUUCACAUGGCAGAUGUUAGAUCCCAAAUUCGGACAUAAUUGCACAGAUUACCGGCAUUUGUACAUCUAUCCUAUUGCGUUAGCAUUCCUCGUAUUAUUUAUUCGAAUUGUAUUGGAAAAAUUUUGUUUCGCACCUCUGGGACUGAAGUUAGGAAUUAAAAAUGUUAAAAAGAAAAAAUUCCACAAUAACGUCGUGCUCGAAAAUGCCUACAAAGAUACAUCGGUAUGGGAUCAUAAUUUCGUAUUGGGCCUUUCAAAACGUAUAGAUUGGACCGUACGCCAAGUUCAAAGAUGGCAUCGCCUAAAGAAACUACAAGGAAAACCUAGCACGUUGACCAAGUUUUGCGAAAAUAGUUGGAGAAGUUUGUAUUACACGAGUUCUUUUAUCUACGGUUUGGUCGUGUUAUGGGAUAAACCAUGGUUUUGGAAUAUCGAUUAUUGUUGGAUUGGAUACCCUUAUCAAGGUGUCACAACGGAUGUAUGGUGGUACUAUAUGAUCUCAUUGGCUUUCUACUGGUCUCUAGCUUUUUCGCAGUUUUUCGACGUGAAAAGAAAAGAUUUCUGGCAAAUGUUUAUUCAUCAUGUUGCUACUAUCGUGUUGCUGUCUUUCUCGUGGAUAUGUAAUUUACACAGAGUUGGAACUUUGGUUCUGGUUAUACACGACGCUGCCGAUUGUAUAUUAGAUGGUACGAAAGCUGUCAAAUACGCGAAAUACGAUAACCUUUGUACUGUAUUAUUUGCCUUAUUUUUGGCUGUUUGGAUCGGCACCAGGAUAAUCAUAUUUCCAUUAUGGAUUCUACGAAGCACUACACUGGAAGCGCCGUAUGUCGCCGGAAUGAUGUUCCCAGCGUAUUAUAUCUUCAACGGGUUACUUAUAUUGUUGUUAAUACUGCAUAUUUUCUGGACGAAAUUAAUUCUACAACUCGCUUAUAGAACGUGGACUAAAGGAGAGCUCGAAGGAGACAUUCGAAGUUCAUCGAGCGGUGAUGAUAGUGAUGAUUCUACUAAAACUUCAUUGUGCAAUAAUCACACGUCAGCGAAAAAGAAAAAUGAUGAAGCAGAUCCGGUAGAUUCCAUCGAUUGAAACCAAUUCACGUUUAUUUUUUGGUAAAAGUAAUUCCUGAAGUACAGUCGCAGUUCCUCAGAUUUAAAUAUCGUUUCAAUUUUUGUCAUUUUGAAAAUUUUAUACUUACUACAUUCGAUGGUCAAUUGGUGAUUUUAAAAAAUACUUAAAUAUUGUAGAGUGUAUAAAUAAUGUGUAUUCGUUUGUACAGUACCUAUCAUUGUUUUCAUAAUUUUUUCGAGAUUUUCUAUUCGUAAAAGUACUGAAAAUAUCUAUCAUUUUCGAAGUCGAAUACUAUCGUAUCAAUAUCGUAUUUUGAUAUCAAGUGAAUUUGUUAUGCGUUGUUUUUAUUCUCGUUGUAUGUAUUAUAAUUACUGUUGUAGAAAUUCUUAUAUGUAAGAUAAUUCGUUAAAGAAAGAGUCGCAACGUUUUAAUUUUGUAAAAGUUGUAGUUUUGUGAUUGAGUUGUAUUAUAAUUUUUUUUCGAAUUGAAAAAAUCAAGGAAAAAGUUGAAGCAAAAUUACUGUACUCUAGUCGUUCUACCAAAUUGUUUUUCUUUUUUUCGAGUUUAAUGGCUGAGUAGCUUUGAGCGAUUUAAGUACGUGGGCAACCUUUGUUAAAUUAUUAGGUACCUGUUUUUCACAUUUUGAAAAAUUGUUUAUGUACGAAUGUCAUCAAAUUGUGUAAUUUCGUUUGCGAGUAAGCAUGUCUGACAUAUAUGUACAUCAAUGUACAUGCGAUGAGCAAUUUUGUGAGUGAUAUUGUGAAAUACGUUUGUAAUUUUGUGUACCUAUCGUUUAAACGCACUUACUGUUUGUAGCAAAUACCUAAGCGUUGUUGAAUUUCCUAUGAUUAUGAUUUAUAAAUUGUGUUAAACUUUUCUUUAAACAUUUCAUUUUGCUUUUUCCUAGUCCACGUUUUACUAAACUUGAAGAAAAAAUUCCAUGUGUAUCUUUAAUUCGUACGGUCUAUGAAUGGUGUUUAGAAAUCGGUAGAUUAUAUUGUCUACUGAAUCACUCGAAUUGUAAUUAUUUAUGUAACUGCGUUGCCAAUCACAUUUUCUCAUUUUUUAUUAAUCACUUCCCUUGCAUUUAAUUUUACUUUACGCUUUUGUGAUUAUCUUGUCAUGAAGUAUGUUUUUGAAUCUUAGAGAAAUAAAAUAUUUGUUUUUAUUUC